CGCCGCGCCAGCUCCGCGUCCGGCCCGCGUCCACCGCCGCCACCGCCGCCCGCUCGCGCCAUGGACGCCAAGGUCAUCGCCGUGCUGGCCCUCGUGCUGGCCGCGCUCUGCCUCAGCGACGGGAAACCUGUCAGCCUAAGUUACAGAUGUCCAUGCCGAUUCUUCGAGAGCCAUGUUGCCAGAGCCAACGUCAAGCAUCUCAAAAUCCUCAACACUCCGAACUGCGCCCUUCAGAUCGUGGCAAGGCUGAAGAACAACAACAGACAAGUGUGCAUUGACACGAAGUUGAAGUGGGUUCAGGAACACCUGGAGAAAUUUUUAAACAAGUAAGCACAACAGCCAGAAAGGACUUUCCACUAGAUCCACUUGAGGAAAGCUAAACGUUAUGAGAGAUGAAAGGGCAAAAGUGUGGGGGAGGAAGGCCUGGAUCAUGAGGCUGGGGGUGUCUGUGGGGUGGCACAUUGAUCUGGGAUCGGGCCUGAGGUUUGCCAGCAUAUAGACAUUGCAUUUUUAGCAUAUGGUACGAUAUUGCAGCUUGUAUCCGUCCAUGUCCCAUACCCUUGCAUAUUGGGGCUUUUAUAACUGGUGUUUUCCUAAGAAAUUGUAUUAUCCCAACAGCAUUUCCACUAGUCAGUUCCCUCAUCAUCAUCAUCAUCAUCAUCAUCAUUCUCAUGAUCAUUUUUUAAAUCAGUGAUUACUUCAAGAUCUGUAUUUGGUUUGUUUUGGAGCUUCUCCUCUUCUGCCCUGGGGAGUCUGGGCACAGUUCGGUGAUGGCUUAGCAGGGAGCUCAAAAAAAGUGUCCCUCCUCCAGACACUGAGGCUGGAGAGACUGCAGAGUGUGCUUCUGCUGGAAUGACUGCUCUGUGUGGCUCUCAGACACUGAUGAGUGCUAGGCAGCUGCCACUGCCUUCACCCCCCCCUUUCAAGUGCAGUGAUUAGAUCUGUGGGCUCCAUGUAGAAGCCACUGUCACCAGGAACUGUGCUCAGAGAUCCUCUCCCGGCCAUGCCAACCCUCCCUGUGCCUCCAAGAGCAUGCUUCAUCUUGCUUCUGCUCCUCAUUUCUGUAGCCUGAUCAAUGCCACACCAGCAGGGAGGAGGGUGCUCACCAGGGCUCCCGCCCUGCACCCCUCUCGUCCCUUUGCCAUCCCCUCAGCUGGGGCCCUCUGUGAGAUCCGUCUUGGGCCUCCUCCAGAAUGGAGCCGGCUCUCUCCUGGGGAAUGUGAGAUCGUGCUCCCACUUCCCACAAAAGACAAGAGUUUGCAGAAUCAGAUGUAAUUUUAAAUCUGAGAGCUUGCUUUGAAGAAUUUGGUUUCUGUGAUUGCCUCUGAAGCUUAUGGAAGCUCUACAUGGCCAUGGAAGCUCUAUAAACUCUGAGGUUUCUGAAACCAGAAGUGAAAAAAUAAAUGAAUAAACCAUCCUCUUGCCACUAACUCCUCCUCCUGAAGCCACAACAGGGUUUCGGGUUCCAAUCAGAAAUGUUGGCAAGAUGAAGUUUUCCAUGCAUAAAUGUGAUCCACAGAUGGUCCUGGUGGUAUUUCUAACUUUGCAAGGCAUUUUUUUUAUAUAUAUUUUCGUGCACAUUUUUUUUUUUUUACGUUUCUUUAGAAAACAAAUGUAUUUCAGAAUAUAUUUAUAGUCGAGCAAUUCAUAUAUUGGAAGUGGAGCCAUAUGAAUGUCAGUAGGUUACAUUUCUUUAUUAUCUUAAACUACUGGCAAUUUGUAAAGAAAUAUAUAUGAUAUAUAAAUGUGAUUGCAGCUUUUCAAUGUUAGCCACAGUGUAUUUUUUCACUUGUACUAAGAUUGUAUCAAAUGUGACAUUAUAUGCACUAGCAAUAAAAUGCUAAUUG